AUGCAAAACGUUAUCAAUAGCGUGAAGGGCACUGCGUUAGGUUUUGCCGGAUUUUUGACUCCAGUCUUAAAGGAAUCAAAAUUUAAAGAAACUGGUGUAGUGACUCCAAUUGAGUUUGUUAUUGCUGGUGACCACUUGGUUCAUACAUGUCCAACAUGGGAAUGGGCUUGUGGUGACGAGUGCAAGACUAAAUCUUAUUUGCCAAAAAACAAACAAUAUUUAAUUACAAGAAAUGUUCCAUGUGUACGCCGAUGUAAACAAAUUGAGAACUGUGAAGUUCAAGAAAAUAUUGUGGAAUCCGAAGAUGGAAAUGAAGGAUGGGUUGAGACGCAUCAUUUUGAUUCUGCACCCUCACCUUUGAGUGAAAAAAUAUCUGGGAUAUCAUUAGAAGGAAACCUGAACAGUUUAAAUGUUACAAGUCUUAACGUGGAUAAUCAUGUUUUAAAUAGUGCAACCAAUGAAAACCCAAAUGUAAGAAAUAUUAAUGUAGAUACUCAAAAAGUUUGUGCGGAUGAUGAUGAUGAUGAUGACGAGGAAGAAGGUGAUGCUGUAGAUAUGGAUGCAUUUGUAGAAAGUGGUUUUCUUGAAGACGAUUCGGUAACUAUUCAUCCUGAACACACAAAAUCUAAAAAGUUAUCAAGCUCAUCUGUUGAUGAAAUAUUAAAAACCCGAACAUAUGAUUUACAUAUUACUUAUGACAAAUUCUACCAAACUCCAAGACUGUGGCUUUAUGGUUAUAAUGAAAAUCAAGUACCAUUAAGUGUUGAAGAAAUGUAUGAAGAUGUAAGUCAAGAUUAUGCUAAGAAAACUGUUACCAUGGAAUCUCACCCACAUGUUCCAGGUCCUUCUAUGGCUUCAAUACAUCCCUGCAAGCAUGCCGAUAUUAUGAAAAAGUUAAUCCAAAUGGUGACCGACGGUGGGAGAGAUUUAGGAGUACACAUGUAUUUAAUUAUAUUUUUGAAAUUUGUUCAAUCAGUCAUACCAACUAUAGAUUAUGAUUACACUCAAAAUAUUAAUUUAUAG